GUGGGGCCAGCGCUUGUGCCUGGGCGAUGGGCGGCUGGGCCGAUGCGGUGAUUCCAACGAUAUCAGAUGCGGUGAUUAGCAGAGGCGCCGACGGCGAGCUCCGCCGAAGCGGACGCCGGAGACCUCCAUUUCACCCCAGUUCCGUCUCCCGGCACGCCCGCGCCCCUGAUAUCCUCGCCCGCUGCAGGCUCCUGGCCUCGCCCUUCCUCCCCGCCGUCCAGACCCAGCGCCGUUGAGGCCCCACCCGUGUCCCGGAUCGCCCAGAUCGGGCACAGGUGACCCAGCCCUCCUGCGACACGGCUUCUGGGCACCUCCGCACCCGCGAUUCCGAGGCCCGGCGCCGCUGCGGCGACGACCACGGCCGGAGUGGAGAGCCGUCCUCACCCCAAUCUGGAGUUUUCCAACGCAAUGGAAGGAACAAAGCACAGGAUUUUGAUGGUGUCUGACUUUUUCUUCCCAAACUUCGGUGGAGUGGAAAGCCAUAUCUACUACCUAUCACAAUGUCUGCUUAAGCUUGGCCAUAAGGUUGUCGUCAUGACGCAUGCAUAUGGAAACCGAUCUGGAGUACGAUAUGUCACAAAUGGUUUAAAGGUUUAUUAUGUACCAUGGAGGCCAUUCCUCAUGCAGAAUACACUACCUACAUUAUUUUUGACAUUGCCAAUUGUAAGGACCAUUAUAAUUCGAGAGAAGAUUUCUGUCGUGCAUGGACAUCAGGCCUUUUCAACCCUGUGUCAUGAAGCAUUGAUGCAUGCUAGAACAAUGGGGUACAAAGUUGUCUUCACAGAUCACUCACUUUAUGGUUUUGCUGAUGCUGGAAGCAUUCACAUGAAUAAGGUGCUGCAGUUUACUCUUGCAGAUAUUGAUCAGGCAAUAUGUGUCUCUCAUACAAGCAAAGAGAAUACUGUCUUGAGGUCUGGGAUAUCUCCUGAGAAGGUUUUCAUGGUUCCUAAUGCCGUUGAUACAGCAAUGUUUACUCCCUCACCCAAGCGCUUAAGUUGUGAUGAAAUAGUUAUUGUUGUGAUCAGUAGACUAGUUUAUCGAAAAGGUGCAGACCUUCUUGUGGAAGUCAUUCCAGAAGUGUGUCGUCUAUUUCCAAAGGUGCGCUUUAUUAUUGGGGGUGAUGGUCCAAAACGUGUGCGUCUUGAAGAGAUGAGGGAGAAGUUUUCCCUUCAGGAUAGAGUUGAGAUGUUAGGAGCUGUGCCUCAUGCUCAGGUGCAGUCGGUUCUGAUAUCUGGUCAUAUAUUUUUAAACAGUUCACUUACAGAGGCAUUUUGCAUUGCCAUUCUGGAAGCAGCAAGCUGUGGACUGUUGACAGUAAGCACUAGAGUUGGAGGUGUCCCAGAGGUUCUUCCUGAUGACAUGAUAGUACUUGCGGAGCCAGCUCCAGAAGAUAUGGUAAGAGCUGUCAAGAAAGCUAUCGAUAUGCUACCUGGUAUAGAUCCCCAAGUUAUGCAUCUUCGGAUGAAAAAACUUUACAGUUGGGAUGAUGUGGCCAAAAGAACAGAGAUUGUUUAUGAUCGUGCAAUGCAGUCACCAACAACAAAUUUGCUAGACCGCCUUCCCCGAUAUCUUACCUGUGGAUCUUGGGCUGGGAAGCUGUUUUGCAUAGUUAUGAUCAUCAAUUACCUACUAUGGCGCCUUCUAGAAUUCCUACAGCCUGCUGAAGCUAUUGAAGAAGUCCCAGAUAUAGGUCCACUACACGGUCAGUUGGAUUCAAGAGAUGAUUCAUGUGAAGCUCAAGAAAAGCAGAUUUAGAUUUUGCCCAGUUUUACAGACAGUUGGGUUGACCGUCAUGGUGUCUUCUCCAUGUCAGCAUUCAUUGUGGGUUUCUGGUCCACGUACAGGGUAUGCCUUUAUGAAUUAGGUCCUAACUCAGAAAUGUCUUUGGGAAGUUUCCAGCUCCUGUAGUGGUAACUGAAAGACACAAAGAGAGUCGACUGCCCCCCAUUUGGGCGGUUUCAUGUCAUGCUGGUUAAAGCUAUGGUCCGAGUCUCUUUCAUUGCCGGCUCCACCCUUUUUUUAGAAGUUAGUGGAUGAUCCAUGUUCUUAUCUCUUGCUGAGCCAUGAUCUAUGCACAAAGUGCUCACUGAAACAAGGGGUACUCACUCAUUUGCCGUCAGAUGUUUUUGCCAUCUCUCAAUCUUUUUUUUAUGGCAGCCAUCUCUCAUUCUUGACA